AUGAGUAGUCGAACUCUGGAGCGGGAGGAAAAAGCCUUUGCCGCAACCGUUGUUUACUGUCGCCUUAAAAAAAAAACGGUUCAAAUGAAUGAAGAAGAGCCUUCAGGAAGUGGUGAAGAAGGCUGUAGCAUCUCAACGUUUGACUAUUCCGUUGAGAAUCAUUUGAAGGCAGUGGACUCUAUCAGUGAUCUCUGCGGUGAAUCUGGUAUAAAUAUUGACAAAACUGAUAUCAACAGACUAUCAUCAUCACUUACAUUCUUUAGGGAAUGGAGCCGUUUUAGAUAUGAACCAAAGCGUUUUGGAUUCUAUAAUGAUGAGGCUGGAAAAAGCUGUGAGCCGAAGGACAUCAACAGUCAAAAUUUGCCUCAGUUUUCUUCAGCACGAGCUCCUAAGGUCAAGGAUUUUGUUAUGCAUGUUGGAGGCUCUGUUUGGGGAUUAGAGUGGUGUCCCAGAGUUCAUGGAAACCCAGAUGCUCAAGCAAAAUGUGAGUUUCUAGCUGUUGCUACUCAUCCACCUGAUUCUUACAGUCACAAGAUAGGCGUUCGGCUUUCAGGUAGAGGCAUUAUUCAGAUAUGGUGUGUUAUAAAUGCCACAUGCGAGAACGAUAUCACCCAUAUAUCAGGGAAGAAUCAGAAGUUGUCUCGGAAGAAACCAUCCAAUGAAAGUAAUAAUAAUACACAACCUAAAAAGCCAAGAGGCAGGCCAAGAAAGUAUCCAAUAGAGACAACAUCUCCUAAGAAGCCAAAGGGAAGACCUAGAAAGAAGACUACUGCUGAGCUUCCUAGUGAGCUUGAUGGUGACGUUCUAUACGUUGAAGCUUUGUCUGUUCGGUAUCCGGAAGAGGCAGUUGUUGUUCCCGCAACUCCUCUUCGGGUUCUACGAGAAACUUCAGCAACAAAAGCUAAAACCGAUGAUGAAAGCUCAGGACAAGUGUUGUCUUCAGACAAUGAAAAUAUCAAACUUCCCGUACGGAUAAAGAGACAAAAAUCUCAACGUAGUGACGAAACGUGCAAACCCGUAGUGUCAGAAGAUAAUGAAGCUGUUGGAAACGUUCCAGGGGGACAAUCCUCGGAUAUCUCUGAAGACAUUGCUCUUCCAAGGGUUGUGUUAUGUCUGGCACACAAUGGAAAAGUUGUCUGGGAUAUGAAAUGGCGUCCACCAUCUGCAGAUGAUUCUCUUAGUAAGCAUAGAAUGGGAUAUUUAGCUGUCUUGCUGGGGAAUGGAUCUGUGGAAGUGUGGGAUGUUCCAAUGCCUCAGGCAGUAUCAGCUGUGUAUUUAUCUUCAAAGAGAGAUGCGACUGAUCCUCGUUUUGUGAAACUGGCUCCCGUUUUCAAAUGUUCAAACUUAAAGUGUGGUGAUACACAAAGUAUUCCUUUAACAGUUGAAUGGUCGACUUUGGGUAACCCUGAUUUCUUACUUGCUGGUUGCCAUGAUGGCACGGUUGCUCUCUGGAAAUUUUCUACAACUAAAUCUUCAGAAGAUACAAGACCUUUACUUUUCUUCAGCGCAGAUACAGCUCCUAUUAGGGCAGUUGCAUGGGCUCCUGCUGAAAGUGAUCAAGAAAGUAAAAACGUAGUAGCUACUGCUGGACAUGGAGGUCUCAAGUUCUGGGACUUACGUGAUCCAUUCCGUCCUUUAUGGGAUCUGCACCCAGUACCAAGAUUUAUUUACAGCAUCGAUUGGUUACAAGACCCAAAAUGUGUUCUAUUGUCCUUUGACGAUGGCACAAUAAGAAUCCUAAGCUUGGUGAAGGUUGCGUAUGAUGUUCCAUCAACCGGAAGGCCUUAUCCUAACACAAAACAGCAAGGGCUAAGCGUUUAUAACUGUUCUUCUUUUCCCAUCUGGAGUAUUCAAGUAUCCCGUCUCACAGGCACGGCAGCUUAUUGCACUGCAGAUGGAUCCGUUUUCCAUUUCCAGCUUACAACCAAAGCAGUGGAAAAAGACUCGAGAAACCGAACUCCUCACUUCCUCUGUGGACGAUUGACUAUCAAUGAUUCCACUUUUACAGUGCAUAGUCCAGUACCUAACAUACCCAUCUUCUUGAAGAAGCCAGUUAGUGAGACUGGUGAAAAACAGAGAUGUCUUCGAAGUCUCUUGAACGAAUCUCCUAACCGAUACUCAUCUCCUGUUUCAGACGCUCAGCCUCUAGCUUUUGCACACAAUGAGGAUCCGGGUUUAGAGUCUGAAGCCGAGGGAAGUAACAACAAAGCGUCAAAAUCAAAGGCUAAGAAAGGAAAGAACAAGACAAUAGAGGAGGAAGAUAACAGAGGAGCACUGGUCUGCGUUAAAGAAGAUGGCGAUGAAGAAGAAGGAAGAAAAAAAGAAGCUAGUAGCAGUAGCAGUUCUGUGAAAGCAGAAACGUUUCCACCUAAAAUGGUGGCGAUGCAUAGAGUGCGGUGGAAUAUGAACAAAGGAAGUGAGAGAUGGUUGUGUUAUGGUGGAGCGGCUGGGAUCGUUCGGUGUCAAGAGAUUGCUUCAUCUGGUUGGUCGGUAAAUUAAACUUGAG